AUGUGGGAUUUCAAGCGAUUGCAAGAGGACCCUCCUGUGGGUGUCAGUGGCGCACCCUCUGAGAACAACAUCAUGCAGUGGAAUGCGAUUAUAUUUGACCCAGAAGGGACACCCUUUGAAGAUGGUACUUUUAAACUAGUAAUAGAAUUUUCUGAAGAAUAUCCAAAUAAGCCACCAACUGUUAGGUUUUUAUCCAAAAUGUUUCAUCCAAAUGUGUGUGAUGACGGUAGCAUAUGUUUAGAUAUCCUUCAGAAUCGAUGGAGUCCAACAUAUGACGUAUCUUCUAUCUUAACAUCCAUUCAGUCUCUGCUGGAUGAACCAAAUCCAAACAAUUCAGCCAAUAGCCAGGCAGCACAGCUUUAUCAGGAAAACAAACGGGAAUACGAGAAGAGAGUUUGGAUCAUUGUGGAGCAAAGCUGGAAUGACUCUGAAUAGACACCUGGCCUGUCGGUCUCUCCAUCACUGUUGUGCCUAAGUGACCUCCAGUGGAAAGGCUAAGAAAUUUUAAGUGCCACAGGUUUUAAGGAAUCUGA